CGAUUUACAGUCUAUUAAUAGUGGAAAAGAAUGGAUUUCCAUGUGAUUUUACUAUUGCUGAUGAGCUUGAUAGCUGGAACCAUGGCUUCAGUAUACUAUCAUCCGUACCAUCAUCACCAUCACAAACUGCAGUACUACCACCACCAUCCUUACCACAAGCAUCAUCAUUAUGUAGAACAUCCAUUUUAUCACUACUUGAAACAUCAUCAUUACCAUCACCCUCACAAGGGCUAUCCUUACUAUUACGAUCACCACUAUCAUCACAAACAUCACCACCAUUACGAUCCAUAUGGUAAAUACUACUAUCAUCACCAUCAUCACUAAAGUUUGAAUCUUUUAGUGACCAUCUUCAAGGAUUUUUAUUAAGCUACAACAAGUAGAAUAUCUGGAAGUUGUGCAAGCAGAAUAUCUUGGUGUGCAUUUUGUUAAAGAUCCUUUAAUUUGCAAUAAAGUUUAAUUUUGGUAUAGA